AUGGCGAGGUGGCGGCCGGCGGCGCUGCUGGUAGUGGCGCUGGCGGCGGUUCUGUCGGCGGCGCGGCGGGCGGAUGCGCUCUCGGUGACGGUGACCGACACCGAGUGCAUCCACGAGUUCGUGCCCUACGAGGGUGACACCGUGUCCGGGAACUUCGUCGUUGUCGACCACGACAUCUUCUGGAGUUCCGACCACCCAGGCAUCGACCUCACGGUAACGUCACCAGGUGGAAACACUGUACACACAUUGAAGGGAAAAUCUGGUGACAAAUUUGAGUUUAAAGCUCCGAGGGGUGGCAUGUACAAGUUCUGCUUCCAUAACCCAUAUGGAGCACCUGAGACUGUUUCUUUCUACAUUCAUGUUGGGCACAUACCCAAUGAGCACAAUCUGGCGAAAGAUGAGCACUUGGACCCUAUCAACGUUAAAAUCGCGGAGCUGAAGGAAGCAUUAGAAUCCGUCACCGCCGAGCAGAAGUACCUAAAAGCACGCGAAGCUCGUCACCGACACACUAAUGAGAGCACCAGAAAGCGUGUCAUGUUCUAUACAAUGGCGGAGUACAUAGCUUUCAUGGCUGCUAGCGCGUUGCAAGUCCUCUACAUCCGUCGCUUGUUCAGUAAAAAUGUGGGAUACAACAGAGUCUAG